AUAAGCCACACAGCCUCCUGUAGGUGGCAACAGUGCCACCUGUUUGACCGGUGGGGCUGAGCCAAGGACUAGAAGAGGGAGGAGGCAGACAAACUCGGAGAGGAGCUGGGAAGCAGUGCAGUGCAGAGCAGAGCGCAGAGCUGAGCAGAGCUGCCGCUGAGACAAGGCCCUCACCAUGGCCGAGUCCCCCGGCUGCUGCUCCGUCUGGGCCCGCUGCCUCCACUGCCUGUAUAGCUGCCACUGGAGGAAAUGCCCCAAAGAGAGGAUGCAAACCAGCAAGUGCGACUGUAUCUGGUUUGGCCUGCUCUUCCUCACCUUUCUCCUCUCCCUGGGCUGGCUGUACAUCGGGCUCAUCCUUCUCAAUGACCUGCACAACUUCAAUGAAUUCCUGUUCCACCACUGGGGACACUGGAUGGACUGGUCCCUGGCAUUUCUGCUGGUCAUCUCUCUACUUGUCACAUAUGCAUCCCUGCUAUUGCUCCUGGCCCUGCUCCUGCGGCUCUGUGGUCAGCCUCUGCAUCUGCACAGUGUCCACAAGAUGCUGCUGCUGCUCAUUAUGCUUCUUGUGGCCGCUGGCCUUGUGGGACUGGACGUCCAAUGGCAGCAGGAAUGGCGUAGCUUACGUCUGUCACUGCAGGCCACAGCCCCAUUCCUGCAUAUCGGAGCAGUUGCUGGUGUCACCCUCCUGGCCUGGCCUGUGGCUGCUACCUUCUACCGUGUCCGUCGAAGAGGUCCCAAGACUCUGCUCCUGUUCCUAUUUUUUGGAGUUUCCCUGGCCGUCUACCUGGCCCCACUAUGCAUCUCCUCACCCUGUAUCAUGGAGCCCAGAGACUUACCCCCCAAGCCUGGUCUGGUGGGACACCGAGGGGCCCCCAUGCUGGCCCCCGAGAACACCCUGAUGUCCCUGCGGAAGACCGCUGAAUGUGGAGCUGCUGUGUUUGAGACCGACGUGAUGGUCAGCUCUGACGGGAUCCCCUUCCUCAUGCAUGAUGAGCACCUGAGCCGCACCACGGAUGUGGCCUCUGUGUUCCCAGCCCGAACCUCCUCCCACAGCAGCGACUUCUCCUGCGCUGAACUGAAGAAGCUCAAUGCCGGGACCUGGUUCCUAGAGAGGCAACCCUUCUGGGGGGCCAAGCGGCUGUCAGGCCCUGAUCGGAAGGAGGCUGAGAACCAGUCAGUACCAACGCUGGAAGAGCUGCUAAAGGAAGCCGCAGUCCUUAACCUUUCCAUCAUGUUUGACUUGCGCCGCCCCCCACGAAAUCACACAUACCAUGACACAUUUGUGAACCAGACCUUGGAGACUGUGCUGAGCGCGAGGGUGCCCCAAGCCAUGGUCCUUUGGCUACCAGAUGAAGAUCGGGCCAAUGUCCAACAACGGGCACCCAGGAUGCGCCAGAUAUAUGGACAGCAGGGAAGCAACAGAACUGAGAGACCCCAGUUUCUCAACCUCCCCUACCAAGAUCUGCCACUGUUGGAUAUCAAGGCACUACAUCAGGAUAAUGUCUCGGUGAACCUAUUUGUGGUGAACAAGCCUUGGCUCUUUUCCCUGCUCUGGUGCGCAGGGGUGGAUUCGGUCACCACCAAUGACUGCCAGUUGCUGCAGCAGAUGCGUUACCCCGUCUGGAUCAUCCCCCCUCAAACCUACCUUAUGAUGUGGAUCAUCACCAACUGUGUCUCUACCCUGUUGCUUCUGUGGACCUUCCUCCUCCAAGGGCUUAGAAACAGCAGUGCUGCUGACCAGGAUCAACAAUUUCAUAAUGGAGUGAAUGCCCAACCCUGGACCCCCACCAACCAGAGUCUGAGGCCUGUCUGGAUUGACUAACCGCAAGGAAGGGAGAGUGGCUGAGUGGGGAUGGGGUGGGGUAAACUUUGCCAACGGAAGGUUUUGAACUAUGAGGGCAUGCGGCAAGCUUCCAUGGAGUCUGGCUCCCCCUUGGGGUUUUGACCUGAGGUCGUUGGGAAGACAGUGAGUCACGGGAAGUUUCUCCCGAAAUGAAACUAGAACAGAGAAAGUGGGAAGGAGGUUGCCACAAUAAUGUUUCAGAUCUGCGUACACGUGUUCUUGUGUAGAAGGCACAGGGUGUGUCAGGGAUGGACCAGCUUGGACCAGUGACUGGAGGAGAUGACAGAACGGCCUUUCCUGGAGAACUAAGAUGAUGGAAACACCAAUCCCACUCCAUUCACUGUCUCUCCUGACCCCUGCAAUUUAACUGCUUUCCUGCCUAGAUGCUGGGGGCUGAAGAGCCCAUGUAGCCAUUUAAUUCUGCGCCUAUAGGUGGCUUUUUGCUGUUCACAGCCUUUUCUUCAAGACAGGUUGGCUCCUCCUAUGUUGUUAAUCUGUUACUCAAUAAAUUUAACUCCCG